AUGGAGUUGGAUGGCGGUCGUCGCCCCUUGCGGCGGCCGUCGUCCGAUUCGGACGAGGAGUGCACUGUCGAGGUAGAGUUGCUCUCCGACCGCGACAUCACGUUGGCGACUGGGCGUAACACUGCCUCCACCUCGACUGCCGAGAUGCGCGGUGGUAGUGGCUCUAAGCCAGGGAAGGCGGUGGCCGCUAGGAGGCGCGCGCCGGCCCGGAUCCUGAGCGAGUCCGAGCCGAGCAGUGACUCUUCGCGGCUACCUAGGCGAAUGGCGCGGCAACCCCCCUCGGAUACGGAGGAGGAUGACUCCGUGGCCGGGAUUAGGGAGGCUUACCAGUCGGCCCUGAGGGAGGAACGUGUGGCCGAAGCCGCCCGCGCAGUGGAGGAGGAGGCAGCGCUCCAGGAAGUGAGGAUCGUGGCGCCCUGCCCGAAAAUCGCGGCGCCAAAGUCGGCAAAGGUUCCCACAAAGAACCUCCUCCUUGAGGUGGCGGAGAACAUCCGUCACGUCUCACAAGCGUCCCGGAACCUCAAAGGGACGUUUGUGAAGGCUCUCAAGGAGGAUGCCGCCAAGCUGCAGGAGCGCGCGGAAGAGCCCUCCUCCGCGGAAACCGCGAGACUGGAGGCCAUAAUAGCCUCCCUCGAGCGGAAGGUGACGGCACUGGAGGCUGCCUUGGCCACCCAGAACAAAAUCCUCGAGGAUUUUGUGGCCGGCGACCGCUCCAGGGAGCCGAAGGCGGCCUCUAAGAAAAGGAGGAGGAUCGCCUCGAGCGGCAUGAGAGACGGAUGGAAGCUCUCAUGGAGAAAACGCUCGAGGCGAUCUCGGCCAAACUCGCCCCAGCGCCCUUCCCACGCUCGUCAGUGGCGUCGGUGGUGUCUGGCCCGUCCUGGCCAGCCGUCGGGGAGAGGAGGAGUCGGGCAGCAGCAACACUCGCGGCUCCGCCCAGAUCUGCUGACGUUCCAGCUCCCGCCUCGGCCCCGCUCCUGCAGCCACACCUGUGGCCGAGGAGCCUGCCCAACGCCCGCCGCGUCGGCGUAUGCGGGGGUCCAGGAGGAGAGCGGCGACGCCUCUGCCUCAAUCCGCUCCGGCCCCACAACAGUGGAAGAAGGGUGGACAGUGAGGCAGAAGGUGGUGCGCAAGGUUGUGCCCCAGCUUCGUCUUCCGAAGAAGGCUGCCGUCACCCUGACGGUAGCACCGGAGGCGGUAGAACGGGGCACGACCUACGCCCAGGCCCUGCAGGCGGUCAGGGGCAAAGUCGACCUGGCCAGCCUUGGCAUCGGGGUCGGCAUGAAGGCGCGACGGGUGGCCACCGGUGCCUACCUUUUCGAGGUGCCCGGACCUGAGUCCGAGGCGAAAGCCGACUCCCUCGUCAUCAAAAUGAGGGAGGCGCUCUGUGGGUUGGAAGGCGUUCGCGUCUCCCGGCCCGUCAUGACAGCAGAGCUGCGCAUCUCAGGGCUUGACGAGUCCAUCACCCCUGACGAUGUCGCAACGGCUAUCGCCAAAAUCGGAGAGUGUUCGAUCGAGGACCUGAAGGUGGGCCAGGUCAAGAUCGAGCACUCGGGUCUGGGCGCCGCGUGGGCCCAGUGCCCGGCAAAGGUGGCGGAUAAGGUCGCCAGGGCAGGACGCGUCCUGGUGCCUUUGCCGGGGCACGUAGGUGCUAAAUGCACCGCAGGGGUGGACCGCAGCGGGAUCUGCUACCGUUGCGGUCUUGAGGGCCACAAGGCCAAGGGUUGCUCCGCGGAGCCGCAUUGCGCAGUGUGCGCAGCUGCCGGCAAACCCGCGGGGCACAGGGUGGGCGGCAAGGAUUGCGUCGCCUCUUCGACCCCCUCCCGCAACCGUCGCGGAGGAGGUGCCGAGGCGAACAUCAAUCACUGCGCCAGAGCGCAGGACUUGCUUGUUCAGAGCCUGGCGCAGUGGUCAAUCCACGUGGCUGUAGUCAGCGAGCCGUAUUUCGUUCCCCGGGAUGACUGGGCAGGGGACUCCGACGGCUCGGUGGCUGUCAUCACCGGGGUGCCGCCGGCUCCCCGCCCCUUCGAAAAAAGUAGCGAAGGGACUGGUCGUCCUAAAUCGGGGUCGGAGGACACGUGCGUGCGGCACAACGGGGGUUCGGUGGUGGACAUCACGUUCGCCACCCCAGACCUAGCCCGCCGUGUCCAGGGCUGGAGAGUCCUGGUGGAGGAGGAGACGCUGUCCGAUCACCGGUACAUACGGUUCAGUGUCUCCACCCCGGACCAACCAGCCCAGUAA